AUGGAGAAGUGGGAUAUUCCCCAAUUCAAGUUCAAAUCGCUUCCUCGUAAUAUAAUUAGGAACGAAUGGAUCAAAUAUAAAAGAAAUCUUGAAUACAUAAUCGCGGCGACAGGAGAUACUGAUCGCACACGCAUUAAGAAUAUAUUUUUGGCAAAAGCUGGGCCAGAUCUGCAGGAGAUUUUUGCUUCCAUUCCCGGUGCAGAUGUCCUGCAAGAUGAGGCGAAAACAAUCGAUCCAUUUGCAGUAGCAAUACGCAAGUUGGAUGAAUAUUUUUCACCGAAACAGCAUGAAACGUUCGAGCGAAACAUUUUUUGGACACUGAAACCCGAUACGGAAGAAACAUUAGAAAAGUUCCUUCUUCGCUGUCAGGAUCAAGCAGCGCAAUGUAACUUUGGUAGCAAUGCGGAAGAAAGCCGAGCCAUUAGUGUGGUUGAUAAGGUGACUCUAUAUGCACCGAACGACCUCAAAGAGCAGCUGCUUCAAAAAGACGUUCUUAAGCUGGAUGACGUAACAAAAAUUGUCAGUUCGUAUGAAUCAGUAAAGCAGCAGGCACAGUUGAUUAGCCUCCCGGGGACUGGUUGUUCCAGCGAGCUGGACAGCACCUUAUCGUCGAAUAUAAACAAAAUCAAACAACUUCCGAGUAAGGUAUGCACACGAUGUGGUCGGAGUGGCCAUGUCGCGAGCGAUCCCGCUUGUCCAGCAAGAUCCAAAGAAUGCAUGAAAUGUAAACGUAUCGGGCAUUUCGCUGCCCAAUGUCGAUCAAUUGCUGUACAAAAACGCAAGCAGUUUCCAAAGAAAGAAAUGCCAUGGGCAAACAAACGAUUCAAAUCGCACCAAGUAAACGAGAUUGACACUUCAGAAAACACGGAAGGCGAUUUUCUGUUCAGCAUUAGCGAUGGGGGCGAACUAAUUCCGAUAAAGCUCGGUGGAGUAGUGUUUCAGGUGCUAGUAGACUCCGGGUGCCAGAAAAACAUUGUCGAUGAGCGAUCUUGGAACUACAUCAAAGCGAAUCGAGUAAAGAUAUGGAACCAAACGAAGAACUGCAAUGAAAUAUUCCUACCUUAUGGAGAAAAUGCGAAGCCAUUAACACUUAUGGGCAAGUUUGACACAACCGUAUCAAUAGACGACGGCGGCAGGAUUAUUGAAAAGGUCGCCACAUUUUACGUAGUCAAGGGUGGACAACAAUGCUUAUUAGGUCGGGUCACAGCUACAGAUUUAGGAGUUUUGUUUAUCGGAUUUCCAAGUACUCAUGGGGUCAAUGCAGUUAAUACAACAGGAAUUCAGCCGUUUCCUAAGAUAAAGGGUAUUCAAAUGAAGAUACCGAUUGAUAAAUCUGUGCUACCAGUUUGCCAACAACCUAGGCGGCCGCCUAUUGCACUCCUAACGAAGAUCGAGGAGAAAAUUAAUUCACUGCUAGCUACUGACAUCAUAGAACCUGUUGAAGGUGGGUGUCCUUGGGUUUCGCCGCUGGUAAUAGUCGUAAAAGAUAAUGGGGAUUUACGUCUAUGCGUAGAUAUGCGCAGAGCGAAUGCGGCAAUUGUGCGAGAACGACACAUCAUGCCAACAAUGGAAGAUUUCCUACCGCGGUUCACAUUUGCAAAAUGGUUCAGCCGUCUCGAUGUCAAAGAAGCUUUUCAUCAAGUAGAACUUGAUAGCGAGAGUCGUUACAUAACUACGUUCAUAACACACAUGGGCCUCUUUCGAUACAAACGGCUAAUGUACGGUAUUGCUUGUGCCCCUGAGUCAUUCCAACGAAUUCUAGAGCAAAUCAUCAGCCCCUACAGCAAGAAUGCAGUUAACUUCAUUGACGAUAUUCUGAUUUUUGCCAGCACGGAAGAAAAACAUGAUGCGGCACUCAAAUGUGUGUUGUCAACGCUGAAAGAAUACGGAAUACUUCUGAAUCACAGUAAAUGUGUGUUUAAGGUAUCUGAAUUGGAAUUUUUGGGACACAUCAUAUCUCCCAACGGCAUCUACCCUUCGAACAGUAAAAUUGAAGCACUUCAAAGGUUUCGAGCUCCUGAAACCUCGGAGGAAGUCCGCAGUUUCCUGGGUUUGGUGACGUACAUCGGUCGGUUUUUGCCAAACCUAGCAACAAUAACUGCUCCGCUUCGUGAGUUGACUCAUUCUGGUGUUAAAUUUACUUGGGGCAGAGAGCAAGAAGCAUCUUUCGCUAAACUUAAGGAGAUGAUUGGAAACGUCAAAUAUCUGCGGUUCUUCGACAACACGCUGCGGACAAGGGUAAUUGCUGACGCCUCUCCUGUUGCUCUCGGGGCUGUUCUUAUACAGUUUGAAGGACCCAUCGACGAGUCUCCACGACCAAUUUCUUACGCUAGCAAAAGCCUGACAGAGACAGAGAAACGUUACUGUCAAACGGAAAAAGAAGCACUAGCUCUAGUCUGGGCAGUGGAGCGAUUUUCCAUUUAUCUCUUAGGACGCAAAUUUGAGCUAGAAACAGACCACAAACCCUUGGAGGCGAUUUUCAAGCCUACAUCUAGACCAUGCUCCCGAAUCGAACGAUGGGUGCUUAGGCUCCAGUCGUUUUCCUUCACAGUUAAAUACCGCAAAGGGUCAAGUAAUAUCGCGGAUCCAUUAUCUAGAUUAGUUGUGGAACAGCCUCCGGAAGAGUUUGACGCAGAAAGCAAAUUUAUGGUGCUAGCAGUUCUCGAAUCAGCUGCAAUCGAUGUUCAACUUCUUGAAGAGAUGUCCUGCACAGACCCUACUUUGAAGGCCGUGAAGCAAAGCUUGCAUACAAUGAACUGGGAUGCACAACAAGUUAGGCUAUUCGUUCCUUUCAAGAACGAAUUAGGGUUCGUCGGUGACCUGGUUGUCAGAGGGAACAAGUUAGUGAUCCCUGAUUGUUUACGAUCACGUAUGCUAGAUUUAGCUCAUGAGGGCCAUCCGGGCGAAUCUGUGAUGAAGCGUCGGUUGCGGGAUCGGGUUUGGUGGCCCGGUAUGGACCGGGAUGCCGAGAAGAGGGUAAAGCAAUGUGACGGGUGUAGAUUAGUGAGCUUACCCAAUAAACCGGAGCCCAUGAACCGCCGUGAAAUGCCUUCGAAGCCAUGGAUUGAGGUGGCUAUUGAUUUUCUCGGACCUUUACCUUGCGGAACAUACCUACUUGUAAUAAUCGACUACUUCAGUCGUUACAAGGAAGUGGAGACGAUGACCAAAAUAACUGCGAGAGAAACUGUAGAAAGGCUUGACCGAAUAUUUAGCCGCCUCGGCUACCCGCAAACAAUCACUUUAGAUAAUGCGAAACAGUUUGUAGGAACAGAGCUCGAAGAAUACAGUAAAAUGAAAGGAAUCACUCUUCGACAUUCAACCCCAUACUGGCCACAAGAAAACGGUUUAGUAGAGCGCCAAAACCGCUCCCUUUUGAAACGCCUCAAGAUCAGUCACACUCUCGGUAGAGACUGGCGGCGAGAUCUUCGUGAAUAUUUGCUGAUGUACUACACCACACCUCAUACAAUCACUGGGAAAACACCAACUGAAUUACUGUAUGGACGAACUAUUAGAUCUAAAAUACCAGCAUUAAAUGAUAUUGAGACAGCUCCUACCAGUACUGAGGCUCGCGACAGAGAUCAAGCUUUCAAAGAUAAAGGGAAACAGACAGAAGACCUCAGGCGUAGGGCAAGAAAAUCCUCAAUUGUGGUAGGUGAUACAGUAUUAAUGCAGAACCUAUUACCAGGAAACAAGUUAUCAACGACGUUCAGCCCGAAUGAGUACGUAGUUACGCAGCGCUCGGGGCCCCGUGUUACUGUUGAGGACACAGCUACAGGUAGGUUGUAUGAUCGCAACGUUGCACAUUUGAAAAGGCAGUCCGGAAAUGAAGUAGAACAAAUCGAUGCUAUACCUACAACUGGAGAAGAAAACAGCGACGGGCAUAAUCAGUAUCCAGAGCCUACUAACUCAGAAGGCGAUUUCUACGGAUUUGACCUUGAGCAGAAGGACAACGAAAGGUCUGAAUUGAAUCCGUUAAGUCGACAACGACGUGUUACAAAAAAACCAUCUAGAUAUGAAGAUUACGUACCAUAA